AUGGAUUCCUAUGCCCGAAAGAAGAAAAGCUAUUCAAGCAUAUCCUACGGCUCAACGAAGGAGCUUUGGCUUUUGAAGAUACAGAUUGAGGAAUGUUUAUGGAGGAUUAUUCCUAUCCCCUCUGGAAUUAAGAAGAAAGUUAUCCAGCUUCUUAAGGAAAAGAUGGCUGCUGGAGUAUAUGAAGCCAGACUUCCGCCCUCACUGGAUGACUUUGUGGAACCAUUCGCAGGAAGAAAAGUUUACACCAUCGGAGACCUUCAUUGGGGAUUUGACGCACACAAAGUGGACACGAGCAGCCGAGACCUGACAUCAUUCCAUACUCCUUUGGGACUGCUAUGA